CUCUUCAUUCGAAAUCGUUUCAUAGUUUUCUUCAUUCACAGAUCAUAACUCCUCCUUUUCUUAAUCCACACGAACUCACCACCAAUCCAGAGAGACACAGAUUCAGAGAGAUGGAUUUUGAACUGAGAAGAGCGAGAGAGAAGCUAGAGAAAGAGCAGAAAGAGAGGAAAGAGAAAGCAAGAUUGAUACAGCAGAAGGAAAGAAAAGCCAAAGAAGACGCUCGGAAGCAAAGGGAAGCCAUCGAAGCUGCUCAAAGAUCUCGUCGUAUUGAUGCCGCUGAAGCCCAACUCAAGGCUGAACAACAGAUGCAAGAAAGCCUAAUUGCGGGGAGAGGAAUUGUGUUUUAUCGUUUACUAGAAGCUGUACCUUUUCAAGGCAGUGGAGAUAAGAUCAAACUGCCUCCUUCUUGCUUCACAGACUUGUCUGAUAACGGUGCUCUUGAUAAGGGACCCAUGUACUUUCAGCUGUCGUUGGUUCAUGUUGAAGGCGCUUCAGGCAUUGAAGGAGCUCACAAAGAGAAACAGGGGACCACCCAUUCAGGAGUUUUGGAAUUCACUGCAGAUGAAGGUUCAGUGGGUCUUCCUCCUCAUGUAUGGAACAACUUAUUUUCUGAAGUCUCUGUGAACUCUCCGUUAGUGGAAGUUCGUUAUGUUUGGCUUCCCAAAGGAACAUAUGCAAAACUUCAACCUGAAAGAGCAGGAUUUUCUGAUUUGCCAAAUCAUAAGGCUAUUCUCGAAACAAGUCUUCGACAGCAUGCUACUCUUUCUCAAGGUGACAUAUUAACAGUAAAUUAUGGAGAACUUGCCUACAAAUUAAGGGUGCUUGAUUUAAAACCUUCUACAAGUGUAUCUGUGUUAGAAACAGAUAUUGAAGUUGACAUAGUUGAUUCUGAUACAUCCUUAGAAAAGACAGAUCAGCAUGUUUUAAUUCCAAUUGUAUUUGGUAUGCCACAAAUUGGAACAGUAGAGGAAGGGAAGUUUGUGUAUUACAAAUUUUCAAUAGACAAUGGCACUUGGGAGAAAAUCUCUACUGGAAGUUCUAGUAUUGAGCUAAAAUUAGAAUCAGAGACAGAUGGGGGAGAUACUGAUCUUUUCAUUUCUAGACAUCCUCUCAUAUUUCCUACACGACACCAGCAUGAGUGGUCUUCACAUGAUAUUGGAUCAAAGACUUUGAUUCUUAGUUCCAAAGAUAAAAACUUAAGUGCUGAGACGUACAGCGUAGGUAUAUUUGGCUUUAGGGGAAUUGCUAAGUACAAACUAUCAGUCAUGAUCCAGGAUAAUCUCGACCAAAAAUUGGGUCAGCAAACAUCAUCUUCCAUUUCAUCUACGGAAACGGAUACAGAAAAAUGUAGGAAUUGCAAGCAUUACAUACCCACCAGGACGAUUGCACUGCAUGAAGCUUACUGUGUCAGGCAUAAUAUUGUCUGUCAGCAUGUAGGAUGUGGAGUUGUUCUAAGGAUUGAGGAGUCGAAGAACCACAUCCACUGUGACAGGUGUGGACAAGCUUUCCAGCAGGUAGAAUUGGAAAAGCACAUGAAAGUUUUUCAUGAGCCACUACGCUGCCCUUGUGGAAUAAUCCUUGAGAAAGAGCAAAUGGUGGAACACCAAGCUUCAGUUUGCCCCUUGCGGCUAAUUUCAUGCAGGUUUUGUGGUGACAUGGUUCAAGCUGGAAGUUCUGCCAUGGAGAUCCGUGACAGAAUGAGAGGAUUGUCUGAGCAUGAGAGCGUUUGUGGGUCUAGGACAGCCCCCUGUGAUUCUUGUGGACGUUCAGUGAUGCUGAAGGAUAUGGAUAUACACCAGGUUGCUGUUCAUCAAAAAAGUUAAUUCUCAUGUGUUAAGACCCUUAUUGUUGCUGGAGAGGAACUUGUGAAUAAAAAAUUCGGAUGUAUUAAGAUCCUUGUUGUUGUUGUUGUUUCUGGAGAGGAACUUGUGAAAUAUUGCAUUAAGGUGUAAUACAUAUAAAUUAAAAGAAACAGGAAGAUAGAUUGUGGAGCUGAAUGUUGUACUGUGGUAACCAUAUAUAUGAAAUUGUUGUUGAUCUUGUCA